AUGCCAUCCCGCCACCGAUACUUCACCGCCGCACACGCAGCCUCCUACGAGCAAGCCCACAACCUCCUCGAAGGCAGCGUCGCAGCAGGCUACCUCGCCCACUUCGGCGCCACCGAGGCCGCCAUAGCCUUGGAAGCUCUUCUCAAGGACCCACCACUCCUGACCGGUCCCGAUGGAACGCCACGCUGGGCAACAAAUCCCAAGGAGCAAGACAUUGUCGAUGAGUACCGUGCUGAAGGAUUCCAAGAUAGCAAGGGAAACUGGCACCCACCGCUCUCGCCCAUCAACGUCCCGUCGCCCAGAUCGAAGGUGAAGCGGAGGAAUGCUGUGAAGGAUAAGAGCGGCACUGGGGCUCAGGGCGUGGCUGGCAAGUCUGGAGUCCAGAGAUCUGGUGCUGUGAGAGGUCAUCGCGGUCCGGGUGGGCAGGGUGGAGGUCGCGUUGAGAAGAAGAGCGGGUCGAAAUCGAAGGUGAAGAGAGGUAGUAAGGAGAGGAAGGAUAGUGUGGUCGACACGUGGUUCGGUGGUGGCAGGAUCAAUGCUGAUUUCACAACCGGGCAUGCGUUGAGGAGUAGUCCGAGGAGACAGAGAGGGAGUGUAUAG